AUGUAUUGCAAUAAAAACAACAACAAAGUCAAUGUCUAUAACAUCAACAAAUUUGCAGCUCUACAUUUUGCAGUUAUGAAUAAUCCCGAAUUAUAUAUCAGUGCUAAUGAUGUGCAACGCCAUGAUGCGGAUGUUGUAGUUAAGAAAUUUUCUUCAAAAAUGCAAUGGCAUCCCAAGGGGGAAGAUACACUAAUCGAUCUCGGCUCAGGAUCGGGCGAUGUUCUCAUGGAUAUUGUAUACCCAAGGAUACCAAAAAAUUUUCAACGCAUUGUGUGUACCGACGUUAAUCCUACAAUGGUUAGUUACGCCCGCCAAAAAUUCGGUCAUGUAAAAGGAGUUGAGUUUGAAACACUCGACAUGGCAACGGACACAUUGCCCGAGCAGCUGAAAGGACAAUUUGAUCAUGUGACCUCCUUCUAUGCUUUAAUGUAUGCAAGAACUCAAAGACAAGCGAUUAAAAACAUUUGGGAACUCUUAAGACCCACUGGGGGCGAUUGCCUUUUUAUCACUCUGUGCACUCAUCCAAUUUUUCACGCUUACAAAGUCUUAAGUAAAAUGGAAAAAUGGGCUCAGUAUGCGAUCGAUGUGGACUCUUUUAUUCCACCACAACAAAAUUGCCAAGAACCCCGAAAACAGUUUAUGGAGUUUCUCACAGAUGCGGGAUUUACAGAUUUCAGCGUAGAAUUACAGCAUAAAACCUAUGACUAUAGGAGUGUGAAAGUUUUCAAAACAAAUAUGAUGGCCGUGAAUCCCUUCGUAGAACGAAUGCCAGCCACAUUGCGUAGUGAAUAUAUGGAUGAAGCAUUGGUAGAAGCUUUCAGGUAUAUGGGCAACAAAAUAGAUCCCAAGGAUUAUUGCGGCGUACUACCAAUUCCUUAUACACUGCUGGUGGUUUACGCCCGAAACUUCGUUAGCUCGCACCAUGUCUGGGCUAGGUCUUGUGAUGAUGACGAUGAUGAUGAUAGUUUUAAUUAUAUUUUGUUGGAAAAAACUCGUUUAAUAUUCUUUGCAAGCAAUGGUGGCAAAAGGCCACAAGAGUGA